CGGGGGAAAAAUUACCAGCCUGCCAUCGGCGCGGCCCCGGUGCGCCCAGGGGCACAGGCGUCCACCGCACGGUAUUUGACCUCUCCCUCGCUCCCCGUUCCGUGUCGGCGAGCCCUCCACCACCACCACCUCCUCCUUUCCCCCUCCUCGCCCUCCCGCGGCCACCAACCGGCCCCGAUCCCGGAUCCGGCGCGGCAGAUCCGGAUCCCGGCGAUGGCGUCCACGGCGGCGAGGCGGCUCAGGGAGCUGCAGGGGCGGCCGGGGAACAAGACGUGCGUCGACUGCGCGCAGAGGAACCCGCAGUGGGCCAGCGUCUCCUACGGCGUCUUCAUGUGCCUCGAGUGCUCCGGCAAGCACCGGGGCCUCGGCGUGCACAUCAGCUUCGUCCGCUCCGUCACCAUGGACUCCUGGACCGAGCCGCAGCUCCGCAAGAUGGAGGCCGGGGGCAACGACCGCCUCAACGCCUUCCUCGCCGCGCGGGGCGUGCCCAAGGAGACGCCCCACAUCCCCAAGUACAACUCCAACGCCGCCGCCGCAUACCGCGACCGCAUCGUCGCCCUCGCCGAGGGCCGCUCGUGGACCGACCCGCCCGUCGUUAAGGAGACGCCCGGAUCUGGCGCCCCCGCCCCCGCCAGGAGGCCGCCCUUGCCCGCCGGAGGAGUGGGUGGAGGCGGUGGCGGUGGCGGUGGCGGUGGAUGGGAUGAUUGGGACGACGAGGUCCGUCCGGAUAUGCGUAGGAACCAAUCGGCCGGAUCUUUUGCUGGCCCUGGAGCGGAUUCGGGGAGACAGCCGACGAGGUCCAAGUCCACUCAGGACAUAUACACCAAGCAGGAGCUGGAGGCGUCGGCGGCCAGCAAGGAGGAUUUUUUUGCUAGGAGGAUGGCGGAGAACGAGUCCAAGCCUCAGGGGAUCCCUCCCUCUCAGGGCGGCAAGUACGUCGGCUUCGGAUCCACCCCGCCGCCGUCGGCGAAUAGGAACAACAACGGUGCUGCCCAGGGCGAUGUCAUGCAGGGAUUUGGACGCCUUUCGCUUGUUGCAGCAUCUGCUGCCCAAUCUGCUGCUACUGUUGUCCAAGUUGGCACAAAAGAGAUUCAGUCAAAGAUGAGGGAAGGGGGUUAUGAUCAGAAGGUGAACGAAACUGUCAAUGUUGUAACCAAUAAAACUGCAGAGAUAGGAAGCAGAACCUGGGGGAUUAUGAAAGGAGUGAUGGCAUUGGCCACACAAAAGGUAGAGGAGUAUGCCAAGGAAGGGGGAGUGGGCGGUGGCUGGGGUGAUGAUUGGCAACAAAGGGAGCAGCAGAACAACAGCAACGAGCCUUACCGCAGGUAUGAGCAGGAGACCAGCAACGGCAACGGCUGGAAUUCUCCGCAAGAUGGAUCAGCUAAGAACCAGAACCGUAAUUCCAAUUCUUGGGAUGAUUGGGAUGACCAAGACAAGAAGGAUGAGCCUGCCAAGACAAGCCAGAGCAGCGACUCGUGGGCCGGCUGGGACGAUUCGAAAGAUGACGGUUUUGAUAGUUACAGCCAUCACAGCCCCGCCAACAAGGGUGGGAGCAAUCAGAAUGGAACCGCUGGCGGGUCAUAUUGGGCCGACGGCGGCUUCCGCUGAUGUUGGUCUCUUUGCGAGAGCCAUAUACUUGCAGAGUUGUUUUAUGCCAGAAAAAUGUGAGCGUGCGGUUGUGGUUCUUAUUUCAGGAUAUACCGAAGUGUUGAAGAGUAAAAGAGUUUUGUUUUUUUGUAAGUUGUCUACAAUUGUUAUGCCUAGCGGCAUGUUCAUAUGGCCAAGGCUCAUUUGAAACUGCCAUCCAGCUAUUAAGAAAUGUCGAAUUGAAAUUGUAAUCUACACAUUACAUAGUACAUCCCUGCAGAUUCUUUAUUCCUUGUA